AUGGCAGGACGUGAGCUGCUGCAGGUCCUCCUUCCGGGCAACGCGGCCAUCCUCUCAGCUUCCGUGCCCUCGUCCGCGUCCACCUCGAUUCAGGAUCUCAUCAUCGCCCUUCUCACGGAUCUCGCCAAUGCUAGGCACCUUACAGCUGCCUUCGGGACCCAUUUCCGGCCAUGGGCAUCCGCGACCUCCAACGACUUUGAAAGCUCGGAGAAGUGGCUCAUAGAUCACCAAGGGCAACUCUGGGGCAUCCAGGCGGUCCAAGCGACAGAGCCAAAUCAUGAAUGGAUGGAGUCAGAACUUAAGGCCAUCGGUGAUGGCUUGGUCCCAUUACAAGCAGGCGUCUUUGGGUUCCUCCGCAGCCUCGCCCUCGGCGCAAAAGAAGUAGAGCAAAGCGCUGAAGCACACCCGCCGGCCGACUUGUCCUCUCCAACCGCCUUCUCCGACUUCCUCUUGUCGUCGCAUCUGCACACACCACGCCUCCGACUGGUUUGCGGUGCUGCCGGUCUGAGAGUACGGCUCCGCUUUGGGCAUGUCCCAGAGAUCUACGACGGCUGGGACCAGAGGAUCCUCUUCCUCCCUGUCGACGCCACCAGUCCAGGCGCAACGGGUGCCGGUUCCACCGUUGCAGAAGCCGUCGAAGCCAUUUGCGAAGAGUUUGGCAUCCGUCGAGUCGUUCUUCAAGGAAGUAAGUCGGCUCGAGUCGUGUACGCCUUGGCACCGCUUCCUUCCACACCAUCCUCUGCACCAGCACCGAUGCCGCCGCCCUCUCCACUUCCAGACCUCGCUUCGCUACCGCAAUUGCUGCGCACCAUGGACGAAGCAGACCCCGGCCUCAUGUUUACCAUCAGCGCAAGUUGGCUUUCCAAGCUUGGCACCGUCGCACAAGGAUUCUCCAAGCAUGCUCGCAGACAAGCUUCCAGCGGAGCCACACCCGCACCGCCGACGGCUGCUGAACACGGCCAGCUUGCUCGAUCCAAUUCGCCCACCAAGCAAAGUGGUGGUGUCAAAGCAGGCAUGCUUGGGUUGUGGGGCUCCUCAAGUGUAAGCAAAGCCACUGCGGCUCUCCUUCCUGCCGCCUUCUCACCGGCUACCAAGAAUGCCUCCGCUUCGACGGGCGAUGUGGACCUAGACGCUCUGUCCAUGGAGCUCACCUCUGCACGCUUAUCCAGCGAAGAAGACGAAGACGAAGCGGGCGGCACACUCAAAGGCAGCAAGCCGCCCACGCCUGCUCAACCCAUCGCAUCGUUGCCUGGAAAGUCCAGCUCCUCAGCCGAGGUGCAACCGGGCUGUGCAGCGUCAGGACCAGAAGAGGGGGCCUUAGAAGCGGCUGUCAACGUCCCAAAAGGUCGUCGCCAUCAAACGCCAUCGGCUACCGCACGACUCAGCAGAAUGUUUGAAGGCUGGAUGGGCAGCAACGGCGAGCCGUCGUCCCCAACAUCGCCAAGCAGGGUUCACAAUGCUGCCGAAAUGCCCGAGACGCCCACCAAUUCAAACGCCCGCCGUGUACCGGGUACCGUUGGCAGGAGUGGAAAGACGUUUAGCGUCAGCGGUCCCCUCGAGCUCGAGAGCGACAGCAGCAACGUGUCGCGCUCGCCGUCCAUCGCUUCUCUCCAUCAGCUUUCUCCAGCGCCCGAAGACCUCCACAGCCCGGAAGAGCUCGCAGCCAGGUUCGAAAAGCUCAUGCAGGAUCUCGGCAUCAAAGGUACGAGCCGCACAGCGAUGCUGGCGCUGCCAGACGACCGCAAGCGCUUCCUGAUCAGCCAGAACGAGACAGCCAAGGCGUCAACACCGUCAAAGUCUCGGAACCCCACCAAUGCGCUUCAAGGCGACAAGCCUGUAUCACCGACGCUCAGUUCCACUUCAGAAACCAUGGGUCGCACCUCGAUCAUCCCAACUGCCUGGUCCAACCGCUUCAGCAUCUCUAGUAUCGCGACGUGGGCGACCAGCGACGCGCACGGCUCUGGCACAGGCUCGGUAACAGAAGGCCAUGACGACGGUGACACGAGCCCGCGUGCCAGCCUGUCUGGCGAUGUUUCCAGUCAAGGCAGUGGCAGCACUCGUCCCACAACCAUGCUGUCCGAGACCGGCUCGUUUGGAUCGAUGGAUUCUAAGGUGCAAAGCAACGGCGAUCAUACCAACACCAUCAGGGCGCACCACACUGGCAGUAGCGCAGGAGUGACUGCAACCCUGUGGAGCAACUGGUGGGGUGGUGGCAGCGUCAUCGCAGGCAGCAGCGGACAUGAUCAAGGCAUCGGCGAUGAAAAGCAUGUGGCCAUGAUCCAUGUCACCAAACUCAAGGACGGCAAGUUGAGCCGCAAGGAUCUCUUCCGACAUCUGCUUUCGUUGCGUGUGACGCUCAGCAGCGCCAAACUCUCGUGGAUCGACAGCUUCCUUUACUGCGAUGGACUGGGAGCUCUCGAACAUAUCAUGCAGCAAGAGACGGAUGGAAUCAUCAGCGGACACAACAGCAGCCGGUCGAGACACGUCGAGCGCAAAGAUAUGUCUGAUGCCAUCUUACUCGAGGCUGUAAAGUGCUUGCGAACGCUCAUGAACGUUGAGCUGGGCUUCGAAAAGGUACUGGACCAGCCAAACUUGGUCAACUACAUCGCCUUUGCCCUCCGUUCUCCCUCAUACAAGCUACGACUCCAGGUGGCCGAUGUGCUCGCCGCCCUGUGCGUGCUGUCGCUCGACGACGGCCAUCGUAUGGUCUGCGCUGCUCUUUCGGAACUCAAAGUCGUGUCUGGCGAGCGCUUCCGCUUCGCCUUCCUGGUCGAGGAUCUCAAGCCCGAGGCCUCGAGCGACCUGCUCAACGAUGCAGAUCUUGAAGACACAGAUGCCAGUGAAGCCAUCGAGUGGGAGUACAAAGCGGCAGCCAUGGUGCUGGUCAAUGCCAUCACCAAUAGCCCUGAGGAUCUCGAGGAGAGGGUCUCUCUACGCGACGAAUUCGCCCGCCGCGGUCUCAACGAAGUCCUCGUCUCCCUCCGCUACAUAGAUCCACCGGAAGGCUUGGCGACGCAGAUCCAAGUGUACGUCGAGGAGAAGCAAGAGGACCAAGACGAGCUGCACGACCGCGCACUCCACCUGCCGCACCGCGAACAGAGCGAUGAUGCCCUGUCGGACUUGGGCGAAGCCGGCAUCAUCCUUCGCAAAACUCAAGACGCUCACGAAGACCUCUAUCCGAUCAUGAUCUCGAUCUUGCGACACACGUCGAGCAUCCUCGACCGUGACAUCGAUCAUCAGUUCAAGACUGAUUUGCUGUUUGUUGUCGAAAAGUAUCUAGAGCAAUCCGUUGACGUUGCCGACUUUGACGAAGGCUGGAGGAGCUUCAUGCGCUCCUACCUCGCCAACAUUCAGCACUUGGUCGGAAAACAGGCCAUGAUCAAGGCCAACCGGAUGAGCGAUACCAGCACGGUUCCGAGCAGCUUCAUCGAGGAGCUUGAAGGCUUGCGCGCCAAAGUCGAGGAGCUCAGCGACGACAAGGCCAAACUGAACAACAAGCUGAACGAGCAGACGGCCGAAGUGCUUACCCUUCGAAGCUUGCCGGGUGCCGCUGCGCUUCGCAAAGAUGUGUCCGACGAAGACAGUGCCCCCUCUGGCGUGCCAUCGACGCUGCCAAAGCGCGGAGACAAGGAGAGCUUUGCUGGCGUAAUCCAGCGCCUUGUCGCCAAAGAAAAGCAGGUCCUCGAGCUGCAGGCCGAGCUCGACCGUCUAUCGUCCGCUGCACGCCCCAACGAGCGCACAGAUGGAGACGACCGAGCAAAGAAGGAUCGAUUGGAGCGCAACCGGCAGUGGACCAACCUCAUGGACGAGAUCGCGCGUCACAAGGAGCAGCUAGCAGGCGCCGAGGCCAAUGUUGAGGCCAAAGAGCGAGAAAUCAAGUACCUCAAGCGCGCCCUCGAAACGGUCUACGGACGUUUUCAGAACGGCAUCGCACAGGCUCAAGAAGAAGCCGAGGCGAAGGACAAGGAGCAAGAGGCUGCCAAGGAGGCCACAUCGGCAGCCAACUCGGAGAUGGAAGCAGACAUGAUGGCACGCCGCACCAUCGAGGCGCUCAGCAAGAAGGACGCCGAGAUUUCAGAUUUGCGUGCUGAUUUGGCCAAGCUGCAAGAGAAGGCGCUACAGUCAAUGGAGGCGGCCAAGUCUACAGAGCAGACCGAGACGCUGAGAAGUCAGCUCGGCGAGAAGGACAAACAGAUCGCCAAGCUCAAAAGCGAGAUGGCCAAGUUGCAGGCGCUCCUGCUUCAGCUUCAGAUCCAGCCUGCUGCAUCGGAAGCGGUUGCUGCGGGUGCUGCACCGGUGCAUCGUCAAGCACCAAGGCCGCCCGGUGCUCCUCUAUCUCAGAGUAGAAGCGCUGCUACCAGAAUCGCGCCACUACCACCUUCACAGGCUGCUGUUGGAGCGCCAAGCGCAGAUGCGAUCUCGGUCGGCACAACUGCUGCGGCUCCGCCUCCUCCGCCACCGCCUCCGCCACCGCCUGCCGUUGCUGGGUUUGCCGCGUCGGGUCCUCCUCCACCCCCUCCCCCUCCUCCGCCGCCCGCCUUCGCAGGAUCACCGUUACCACCAGCAUUUGGAGAUAUAGGUGCACCGCCUCCGCCGCCACCACCACCGCCGCCGCCGGCGCUGCUGUCGCAAGCAAGCGCGUUCGGAGGACCACCACCGCCUCCACCUCCCCCUCCUGCUCCAGGUCUCGCAGGCGGGGGACCGCCACCUCCUCCACCGCCUCCCGCUUUCGGUGGUCCAGCGCCGCCACCACCGCCGCCUGGUGCACUUGCAGCACCCAAGCCACCGCCCUUGCCUCUCAUCCCCAGAAAGAAGCGCAAGGCGCUCUUCUGGAACAAAUUGCCAGCGCACUCGCUCUCGAGCACAGUGUGGAGCGAUCUGCCCAAGACGUCGGUCGACGUGACGCGGGAGAUCGAUCGUCUCGACGAGCUCUUUGCUGUCGGAAGCAAGCCCGUGGCUGCUGUCCCUGAGGCCAAGCAGACCGGGCGCAAGCUGAACCCGACAACUCUUCUCGAUCUUACUCGGGCGCAGAAUGUUUCGAUCGUGCUGACGAGGAUCAAGGUGCCGUUUCCCGAGCUGCGCGUUGCUCUGUUGCAAUGCGACGAAACCAAACUCAGCGUUGACAACCUCAAGAGCAUCAAGUCGUGCCUGCCCACGGCGGAGGAGCUGGGGCUGGUGCGCGACUACGACGGCGAUAUCGGCGGCCUAAGCAAGGCGGAUCAAUUCUUCAAGGAGAUGCUGGGCAUUCCGCGGCUGUCGGAGCGUCUGGCCUGCAUGGUGUACAUGCGAAAAUUUGAACUGGACUUGGAAGAGAUCAAGCCAGAUCUGCGCACUCUCAAGCACGCCGUCGACGAGAUCAAUGCUAGCGCCAAGUUCAAGUCGGUGCUCCACACGGUGUUGACCAUCGGCAACGUGCUCAAUUCGUCGACGUUCCGAGGUGAAGCCGCCGGAUUCCAGCUCAGCGAUCUGCUAAAGUUGAAAGAUACCAAGCCGUCGCAGCCGACACCGGCGACACCCACGCUGCUACACUAUCUUGUUCGGGUGCUCAACAAGACAGACAAGUCGCUCGUCGGGUUCCUGGACGACUGCUCACACGUCGAAGCGGCUGCGCGUCUGUCGACGACAUCUGUGAUGCAGUCUGUCACGGCGCUGAUUGCGGGCCAUGGUAUAGUGCAGGAGGAGAUGGCCGUACUGCAAAGGAUUGGAAUCUCGUCGCAGAGUGACCGGUUCGUUGACGUGACCGCCGAGUUUUUGCGAGCGUCGGGGCCGCAGAUCAAAGCGUUGCAGCUCGCGGGGACGACGGUGCAGGCGAGUCUUACGAAGCUGCUGGCGUACUUUGGUGAGGAUCCGAGCCAGGCGAAGCCCGAGGACUUCUUUGGGCUCGUGAGCAGUUUUGGGCAGGCGCUGAUGCGCGCAGAGGAAGACACGCUGCAGGCGGAUAGGAAGGCCGAGUUGGAGGAAGAGAAGAAGCGGAAGGGGUUGGCGGGCGAGGGCAAGUUUGGGCUGCGCAUUCCGCAGUUUGGGCCCGAGGUGCGUGGUCCGCUCAAUGCCGCUGCCAAGGCACCGCCAACGAGCGGGCAAGAGCAGCUCGAUGCGAUAGAACGACUUUCACCAGUCGACGACGUAACGCCGACAUCGUCACGCUUCCAGACGUCGUCGGGUGGUGCAGCGGAUGGCAAGGACAGCGAGAGCGGCGGAACGCUCAAGGCCGCCGACAAGCACGCGGAUGCAGGCAGACGCUCGUACCGCGGCCGAGGCCAGCUGGACGAAGCGAUCAAGGAACUGCGUGCCGGUGCGGCUGGUCGCAAAUUAGCCAACGUCUUUGCUGCCCGCGACGGCGCCUCACCGUCGCCCUCGCCAUCGAAGUCGCUGUCUAAGCCUGGAUCGCGUAUGUUCACGCGCCCUGCGCCAGAAAUCGAUGUGACGGCCGAAGAAGACGAGCAGGAGCUGCAGCCGGGUGGAGGCGGAGGUGGGACGAUCGGAAGAACGCGUUUCUCGCCCGGCACCUUGCGAACCGGCGGUGGUGGCAACGCGAGUGGGAGGGAGUCGAUCUACGGGACGCUGUCGAGUAACCCGAACGGCACGCUGAGUGGGCGCAAGAGUUUGAGGAUGAAACAGGGCGCGUCGCGGAGGCCCUUGUCGAGGGUGUUUAUCACUGGGGACCCGGUCAAUCGGGAUGAUUGA